AUGAGUCGUCCCUCCAACCCCUUCGCCCAAGGGUUCCGUCGAGUAGACCUCGAAGGAGGAGCCCAGAGCGUGGUGAGCACUGUAGUAGCAUGGAAGGCUCAAGCCACUCAGAUGUCGAUGACCAUGGACAUCAUUUUCUUCACGGCAGCCUGUUGUGUGGUGGUCGCCAGUGUUAUCUCUACUAUUGAGGUGAACAUCUCAACCAAUACCACUCCUUCUCGAAUUCCUAGACAGGUCUUCCUAACCGAGAUAGCUCCCUUCGAUCUCGUUGACUGCGUCUACCUCCUCCUUUUUGGAACCAAGAUGAUGCUCCUCGAUGCACCAGUGCGGUUCAAAGGCAUCGUUGAAGUGCAGGCUUUCAUCAUCAAGUACUUCGCCUUCCUAACACGGUUCACAGUUAUGGGCGUCAUGAAAUCAAGGAAGUUGGAUCGCGUGAGGCUUUUCACCUCUGCUCACUACGUACAGCCACCACAGGUUCGACAACAAAUUCGCCGUCAGAACGCAAACACCGAGCAGAUGUUCAACUCCUACGCCAGGUCCAACUAUCAGGAAGGAAUGACUGCUGAUGAAUUCAACCUCCUCAGUCAAGUGGCCGGGAUAUCCUUCCGUAACGAUGAGCUCACUUUUGUCCUCAAUGCUCUAUGCAAUGAUGGACGGCUUGGUAUCAGCCAACGUGAUUUCUGCGGCUGGAUCAAUGGACCCGCCGUUUUGCUAUGA